AAGAAUUGGUGGAGCUUCACUUGAAACUGAUGAGAAAGAUUGGGAAGUCUGUCACAGCAGACAGAUGGGAAAAAUAUUUGAUCAAGAUAUGCCAAGAAUUCAACAGCACUUGGGCUUGGGAGAUGGAAAAAAAAGGAUACCUAGAAAUGAGUGUUGAAUGCAAACUGGGGAUUCUGAAGUAUCUCUGUGAAUGUCAAUUUGAUGACAAUCUAAAGUUUAAGAAUAUAAUUAAUGAGGAGGAUGCUGACGCCAUGCGUCUCCAGCCCAUUGGUCGAGACAAGGAUGGCCUGAUGUAUUGGUAUCAGCUGGAUCAGGAGCAUAAUGUCAGGAUGUACAUAGAAGAACAGGAUGACCAGGAUGGAUCCACAUGGAAGUGCAUUGUUAGAAACCGCAAUGAGCUUGCUGAGACCCUUGAGCUCUUGAAGGCACAAAUUGAUCCUGCCUUGUUGAAAAACAACACUUCUCAGCAGGAGAAUUCAUCACGGGAAAGCCCAAGCAUAGAAGAUGAAGACAACAAAAAGGGUGAAGAAGCAUCUACACAAGAAAAUCAAGUAAAAAUCAAAGAAGAAAAAGAGGAGGUGGAGCACCAGCCAAUGGAAUUGGAAAACCUUCCUCUUCCUGUAGUCAAAGAAGAUGACAAUAUGCUGAAAAUUGAGAAAGUAGAAGAGAAAGAAAUUAUAAAAUUGCCAGUAAUAGUAAAACUAGAGAAACCCUCAGAAUACAAUGAGGAAAAACAAACUGUCAAAGAAGAAAGUGACUCCUUUAAAGAAAAUGUCAAGCCUGUUAAAGUAGAGGUGAAGGAAAACAAAACAGAAACAAAAGACUUAAAAGAAGUAAAAAGUUGUACAGACAAAAUAGCAGUUCAUGAGCCAGAGAGGUUAGACUUUUGUGUUAAUGUCAAAACGCCCCAAGAAAUUGUAGAGAAAUCUGUGGAAGAAAGUGAGAAACUUAAAAAUGACCAGCAGGCAAAAAUACCGCUUAAAAAGCGAGAGAUCAAGCUGACGGAUGACUAUGACAGCCCAAUAAAAGGGCCCCUAUGUAAAUGUGUUACUCCAACAAAGGAUGUCUUGAAGGAAGAAGGGAAACCAGAAGAAGAAGCUUUUAAGAGAGUCCCUACAAUUACUGCUUUAUGUCCUGAUGGGAAAGUCCUAGUAAAUGGAGAGGUCAGCUGUGAAAAAAUAACCCCAAGUGUCAUACAGAAUAGUAAGUCAGAACACUCUGCUAGCACAAAGGAGGAGAGCAGCUCAUUAAAAGAGAAAAAUGGGAAAAGUGAGGAAAAGGUAUCGGACUCCUUAAAUUCUCUUAGUAAAAUUAUAAAAGCCUCGGAGGUUGAGAAAAAUGCUGUAACUGUGGUCAAAGAAACAGGGGCUGCAGGCUCUGAGGUUUCUAAUCAGAAAGUGCCUUUAAAGGAGGAAUCUAGUCCUGUGGAAAAAGAGUCCCUUGACAGCACAGCUACUGAAAUGGCAGUGGAAGAGUCUUUGAACUCUGAAGACAGCGCCAAAACAACUGAAGAGAAACUAGCCAUGAACGUCACAAAGGACAGGCCACCAUCACCCAAAGAAUGUUUAGAGAAGCUAGAGAAGUCCACAAAUGAAUCUGCUCCUGCAGAACUGCCCAAGCUUGCUCUGUCUGAUGAAGAGACUUCAAAAAGCAAAGGUGAGUCUGAGGAGAAACCUGAUUCUCCAAAAGCUGCUGAGAUCCCCCCUGAAUCUACUUCUCCUGUUACUGUAGAGAAACCUGUUUUGGAAAAAGAGGACUCUGAUAGUAAAAUGGCUCUACCUGUUUUGGAAAAAGAGGACUCUGAUAGUAAAAUGGCUCUACCUGAGGAAAGCAAAGUAGAGGAAAAAUCCAGCCCUGAAAAACAAGAGGAAGAGCCAGAAACUGCCAAGACAGAGCCAGAUAGAUUAGAUGAUGCGCAUGCUUCUAACCUAGAGGACUCUUCAGAGACUAAAAAGGAAUCUCCAGUACCUAAAAGCAAAUUUAAAUAUCAGCUAGUUUCUGAGGAAGAAAGCUGUGCAACAGAUAAUAAAGAAAUAACUUCUGAAAGACAAAAAGAAGGAAUUAAAUUAACCAUCAGGAUCUCCAGUAGGAAGCGAAAGGCAGAAACGCCGCCAGAAGAUGUCAGCGUUGGCCGCACGUUAAGGCGAUCUCCAAGAAUAUCCAAGCCUACUCCAAAAAUUGUGGAGACUCGGGAUCAGAAAGCUGACAAAAAACGACCUGAAGAGGAAGAGGAGAAACCUGCAGCAGCACAAAAACCAGAACGAAAAGAAGAUGCAAAAAAACAAGAGAAGGAGUCAAAUUCUAAGGUUAACAAGAGGAGUAAGGUUCGGUGGACGGGGACGCGAACACGUGGCCGGUGGAAAUACUCAAGUAAUGAAGAAAGUGAGAACUCAGAGAGUGAAAAAAACUCAGAAGAGGAGGAGGAAGAGGAAGAAGAGGAAGAAGAAGAAGCUGCACCUGCUGAUGAUGAUGAGCCGUGCAAGAAGUGUGGCCUUCCCAAUCACCCUGAGCUGAUUUUGCUGUGUGACUCCUGUGACAGUGGGUACCACACCGCCUGCCUGCGCCCUCCGCUGAUGAUAAUCCCUGAUGGAGAGUGGUUCUGCCCACCUUGCCAGCAUAAAUUGCUCUGUGAGAAAUUAGAAGAACAAUUACAAGAUCUGGAUGUUGUCUUAAAAAAGAAGGAGCGUGCAGAACGCAGAAAAGAGCGAUUGGUGUACGUGGGGAUCAGCAUUGAGAACAUCAUUCCACCUCAGGAACCAGAAAUACCUGAAGGUCAGGAGGAAAAGAAGAAGGAUUCCAAAAAGCCAAAAUCAAAGCUGCUUGAAAGGAGGUCUACCAGAACCCGAAAGUGCAUAAGCUACAGGUUUGAUGAAUUUGAUGAGGCAAUUGAUGAGGCAAUUGAAGAUGAUAUCAAGGAGGCUGACGGAGGAGGCAUUGGCAGGGGCAAAGACAUGUCUAAUAUCACAGGUCACCGUGGGAAAGACAUUUCCACAAUCCUAGAGGAAGAAAGGAAAGAAAACAAGCGACCACAAAGGGCUGCGGCAGCACGACGCAAGAAACGACGGCGACUAAAUGACUUGGAUAGUGACAGUAACCUGGAUGAAGAAGAGAGUGAGGAUGAAUUCAAGAUCAGUGAUGGAUCUCAGGAUGAGUUUGUUAUAUCAGAGGAAAAUCUGGAUGAAAGUGAAGAUGACCCACCAUCAAACGAAGACAGUGAUUCAGAGUUCUGUGCCCGCAUAUCCAGGCGACACCUCUCCAGGCCCAUGAGGCAAAGCAGGAGGUUACGAAGGAAAACAGCCAAGAAAAAAUAUUCUGAAGAUGACGAAGAUGAAGAUUCUGAGGACAACUCAAGCAGAGAAUCUGAGAGUGGUGAUUACACAGACUACAGCGAUGACGAUUACCUGGAAACGAGGAGGCGAAGAUCAAGACGGAAUCAGAAGAGACCAGUUAAUUAUAAAGAAGAUUCAGAAAGUGAUGGCUCACAGAAAAGCGUCCGAUACGGGAAGGAGUUAAGAAGAGUUCAUAAACGCAGGCUCUCCACGUCGGACAGCGAAGAGAGCUACACCUCUAAGAACUCUGAAGACGACGGAUCCACCAAGGAGUCGAAGCGACUGAUGCGGAAACGCCGGCGGAGCACAGACGACUACUCGGAGGAGGAGGGGGAGGAGGAG